AUGGGAUUGACAUCAAAGCUUGACAAGUUGAAAUUACGGUCUCACGACGAAUCUGCAACUCCCGCCUCCCCCACUAAUCAUCACCAACAACAACAACUUCAAGCAGAUACCAGUGAACAAUUUCUGGACUCUGAAAAUGAGUCUGGCGAGGAUGAUGAUCAAGCAAGAUCCAUCUUGAUGGAAAUCAUUUCGCAAUUGAGACCAGGAAUGGACUUGACGAGAAUUACUUUACCGACAUUUAUCUUGGAAAGAAAAUCAAUGUUGGAGAGAAUCACCAACUUCUUCCAGAUCCCAAACUUGUUGAUGGAGGCCAAUCGUACUCAGGACCCAUUACUACGAUUUGUAAACAUUUUGAAAUGGUACUUGGCAUCCUGGCACAUUGCACCAAAGGCUGUAAAGAAACCAUUGAACCCCGUGCUUGGAGAGUUUUUCACAUGCUUUUGGGACAAGUUGCCCGAAGGCGAGGGUAAAGCUUACUAUUUAUCAGAACAAACAUCUCACCACCCACCUAAAUCAUCCUACUUUUAUUUGGCUCCCGAAGAAAAAAUCAGAGUUGACGGAACAGUUAUCCCCAAAUCCAGAUUUUUGGGUAACUCCUCAGCAGCAAUUAUGGAAGGAUGGGGUUAUGUCACCUUGGGCAAAUUUGGUGAUGAACAAUAUGUAAUGAACCAGCCAAACGUAUACUGUAGAGGAAUUUUAUUUGGAAAGAUGAGAACUGAACUCGGAGACCAUAUGGUUGUACGCUGUGAGAAGAAUGGAUUUGAAGCAGACAUAGAAUUCAAGACUAAGGGAUUUAUUGGCGGAACUUACGACGCCAUUGAAGGAACAAUUAAAGACUCUACAACUUUAGAGGAUUUGUAUCAUUUAUCAGGAAAAUGGAAUGAAGUGAUGUACAUUAAGAAUGUCAAAACAGGCAAAAAGGAGGUUUUGUUUGAUACUGCAAAGACCCUCAGGGUGAAACCACUGGUUAGACCAUUGAAUGAGCAAGCAGCAUUCGAAUCACGAAAAUUAUGGAAGCCCACUACUGAUGCAUUGGCCAAAAAGGAUCAGACCACAGCCACCGAGGAGAAGUUUAAAGUUGAAAAUGAACAAAGAGAAAUGGCAAAGAAGAGAUUGGAAGAUGGAGUUGAAUUUCACCCUAGGUUUUUCAAACCUGUUGAUGCAGGUAAGCAAGACAUGAAUGACUUGGAAUAUAUCAUUUAUAAACCAUUGGAGCUUUCUGAGCCUUCAAAUGUUUUGACUGAUGAGAUGCUUAGUGUUGCCCCAAUCUUGCCUGGCCAGCACUAUGAUGACAAAUUUGAAAUCCCAGCAUUUAAGAAGCAGUAA